UCACACUCCCCGCAAUGUUUUCCUUUAGUUCCUGUUUCCCAGCAUGCACCGUGCUGACGUCUUCCCCGGCCCAAGAUGGCGGCUGACAGUGAUCCCGAGUCCGAGGUGUUUGAGAUCACGGACUUUACUACUGCGUCCGAGUGGGAGAGGUUUAUUUCAAGGGUUGAAGAGGUUUUGAAUGAAUGGAAGUUAAUUGGGGAGACAUCGAAUAAACCCCCAGAAAAGGGGGAAUAUACGUCCGGAGUCUGGGAGGAGAAAGGAGAUGAGAUCUUAUUUGCAGACUUCAGAUUCUCCAUUCGUCACCAUUACUUAGUGCAAGAGGCGGGAGAGAGAGAAGAGACUGAGGACACAGGAGAAGAUUCCAUCCCCGUGUGUAUGCAGGAUCUGCUCUGCACCAACAAUGACUUCCCGCCGGUAGCACAUUGCCUAGUGAGAUGGUAUGGGCUGCGGGAGUUUGUGGUCAUAUCUCCGGCUGCCAACGAUGCCGUCAUUAGCGAGUCCAAGUGCAACCUCCUCCUCAGUUCCGUUUCAAUAGCCUUGGGCAACACUGGCUGUCAGGUGCCGCUCUUCAUCCAAGUUCAUCAGAAAUGGCGGAAACUUUACGUGGGCGAGUGCCAGGGACCCGGAGUACGGACAGAUUUCGAAAUGGUCCAUCUGCGGAAAGUCCCAAAUCAGUAUACUCAUUUAUCUGGGCUCCUGGAUAUCUUCAAAUCUAAAAUUGGAUGCCCGCUGACAGCGCUACCUCCUGUUAACAUUGCCAUUCGCUUCACUUACAUCCUGCAAGAUUGGCAGCAAUAUUUUUGGCCUCAGCAACCUCCAGACUUAGAUGCACUUAUUGGAGGUGAAAUUGGAGGACUGGAGAUUGGAAAACUUCCCUUUGGAGCUUGUGAAGACCCAAUAUGUGAACUUCAUUUAGCUACAACAUGGCCCUGCCUGACCGAAGGAAUCAUUGUGGACAAUGACGUAUACUCAGACUUGGAUCCUCUACAAGCUCCUCAGUGGUCUGUCAGAGUUCGGAAAGCGGAUAAUCCCCAGUGCAUGCUGGGGGAUUUUGUUUCAGAAUUUUUUAGACUUUGCAGAAGGAAAGAGUCUACCGAUGAACUGCUCGGAAAGUCCACAUUUGAAGAGAAUGGAAAAGAGGUAGCAGAUAUUAGCCAGGCGCUAUCAAAGCUCACCGAGCCAGCUCCAGUCCCUAUCCAUAAGCUGUCUGUAACCAGCAUGGUCCACAGCGCAAGGAAGAAAAUCCGCAAGCACCGGGGAGCCGACGAGUCGCCUUUAAACAACGAUGUCCUCAAUGCCAUCUUGUUUUUCUUGUUCCCUGACGCCAAAUCACUUGAUGGAUCGGAAGCCAAAGCUAGCACCUCCACAGGAAACAUCUCCUCGCAGUCAGAGAGCGAAGACUAUAACCUGUACAGCCAGCUGAAAUCUGCACCCUCGGAUAGUCUGACCUACAAAUUGGCAUUGUGUCUGUGUAUGGUCAACUUCUACCACGGAGGUGUAAAGGGUGUGGCUCACCUGUGGCAGGAGUUUGUCCUGGAAAUGCGUUAUCGGUGGGAAAACAAUUUCCUCAUUCCCGGGUUGGCAAAUGGAUCCCCUGAUCUGAAAUGCUGCCUUCUGCAUCAGAAGCUUCAGAUGUUGAACUGCUGCCUGGAGAGAAAGAAGGGCCGGGACGAGGGAAAGAAAGGGAGCCCCAGUUCCAGCGAGGCUGCUGCCAACAGGACCCCGAGUGACACGCUAAGCCCGGGGGAGGCUAACAAAUACGAAGUGGCAAAAUCGUGGGAUUCGUGGAGCGACAGCGAGGAUGAGUUCUUUGAGUGUCACAGUGACACGGAGGAGCUGAAGGAGGGCAGCCAGGAAAGUGCCAGAAAAGCCAAAGAGGAAACAAAAGAGAAUCCAUUGCCCAAACCAGAAGGGCGCUUACAUCAGUCGGGGAACCUCACCUUGCUCCGCACCGGGGAGCCGCUCUAUAUUCCCGUAACGCAGGAACCGGCGCCUAUGACGGAGGAUCUCCUAGAAGAGCAAUCGGAGGUUCUGGCUAAACUGGGGACCUCGGCCGAAGGGGCCCACCUAAGGGCCCGGAUGCAAAGCGCCUGCCUUCUGUCUGACAUGGAAUCCUUUAAGGCCGCCAAUCCGGGCUGCUGCUUGGAGGACUUUGUCAGGUGGUAUUCCCCCCGCGAUUAUAUUGAAGAGGAGGUAAUGGAUGAAAAGGGCAACAAGAUCGUCAAAGGAGAACUAAGCCCCCGAAUGAAAAUCCCCAAUAACAUGUGGGUGGAAGCCUGGGAAACGGCCAAGCCAAUCCCUGCGCGCAGGCAGCGACGCCUGUUUGAUGAUACCAAAGAGGCUGAAAAGGUUCUGCACUACCUGGCGGUUCAGAAGCCGGCUGACCUGACCCGACACCUCUUGCCCUGUGUUAUUCACGCGGCUCUGCUGAAGUUAAAGGAGGAAGAGGCAGCGGAAGACGUUCCAUCGGGCAGGAAAGCCAUAAAGCAAAUCAUCUCCCAUUCCAGCAAAGUCCUUCGUUUCCCCAGUCCUGACGACAAGAAACUGGAAGACGUCAUUGGCCAAAUGUUGAACGUGGAAGCGACGAUCGCCAGAGCGAGAUCCCUAAAGGCCAAGUUUGCCGUCGACCGAUGUGAAAAAUCCGAUGAGAAAGAGGAUCUGGAAAAGUUUGUGAGUUCCCUGCUGGAGCAGCCGGAGGUGCCGAUCGUUGGUGCCGGGAGGGGGCCCGCUGGUACCAUUAUCCAUAAGAUGUUUGUAAGCGCUCAGAGGGCUUUGUCGUUGGCCCCCCUGGAGGAGGAGCCCAAAAGACCCAGCUCCUCGGAUGAGCGCAGACAGACCGGGACGGAUUUCCCAUCGCCCGCCGGCCGAGAGGUUAUUCUGCGCAGCAGCGUCCCCCGACCUGCCCCCUACUCCAAGCUUCUGCCCCAGCGCAUGUACAGCGUCCUCACUAAGGAUGACUUCAGGCUCGCUGGGGCCUUCUCCUCCGAUACGUCCUUCUUCUGAGACUCUCAGCCAAUCAGUGCCCAGUCGCCCAAUCGGCCAAUCAUUACGUGAAUGAGAAUCCGAGCCGAGCUGCCCUUGUGCGUUUGUGAGGCGCUUUGCUCUGUCUGUCAUGUGAGUGCGCUGUGUGUCUCUAACCAACUUAAAGGGGAAGUUGUCCCAAACAUUCAUUAUGAUCUGAUCUGGGGGGCAGUGGGGUUUAAAGGCCAAGUAGCACCUACCUGCACUGCAGGGGACUCUGCUGCAGCUAUACCUGUAUAAUGCCAUUGCUCUACUGGCCACGCCCCUACUGGUAUCAUGUCACGCCCCCUUGUGCUGUUGGUUACACCCCAGCUGUGAGGUAAUACUACAGGGUGGCUGGCAGUUAGUAAGGAGAUUGUGGCAGCCAGACUGAGACAUUGGGUGCUUAGGGGAGUCAGCAGCACCUACAUAGGGGCAUAGGGGCCAGUGCAGCCUGAGGGGGGGGGGGGUAAUUGUAUGGUCACUAUCAAAGGGCAACUUCAUUUGUUUUUAACAGAUAUCGACUAUUACCUUAAAGAGCAAGUUAGUCCCAUGUCUCGUAUAUUUAUACAUUGCCUGAUUUGUGGAAACUGAUAUUUUCUACUUUAAAGUUGGUAGAAAGUUUUUCCGCUGGGGGUAGGGAACAGGUAAAAGGGUGGGGCAGGAUGCGGGCAGAG